UUGCCAGACAUCAAACGUCAAAAUCGCAAAGAAAUUUCCAAUUUGUGAUUUGUGCAAUUUAACAAAAAAUUGCAGAUUCUUCACAUCUUGAAUAAAAUAAUUGCUUGUUUCUAGCAUAAAUAUGGCUUUAAGAACUACUACCGUCUUAUGCAGCAGUCUCAAAAAGUGGGCAUACAAUGCUGCUGGAUUCAACAAAUAUGGAUUAAUGCGCGACGACUGCUUGUAUGAGAAUGAGGAUGUGAAGGAAGCACUCCGUCGUCUACCUGACCAUGUGGUAGAUGAACGUAACUUCAGAAUGAUUCGGGCUGUCCAACUCUCCAUUCAGAAGAGCAUCUUGCCCAAGGAGGAGUGGACAAAGUACGAAGAAGACAAGCUCUACCUUACACCCAUUGUAGAACAAGUCAAGAAGGAGAGAGAGGAACGUGAGAAAUGGGAGAGUGAAUAUUAAAUUAUUCUUAGUACAAUUAUUAUUAUUUAACAAUUAAAGUGAGAUAGCAA